CAGCGUUAUCAGGCCCGGUAAAUCUGAUAAGCUGAUAAACACUACGCCCAUAAUGCUAGCAGCGUUUCUAAAUAUACCUGUGCCGUCUAUUUUUAAAAUGUAAAAAAAAUAUAAGUUCCAUUUUCAAAAUGGUAGUGUUUAUGCCGCGUUUCAAAAAGUGCUGUUGUUGUUUAUCUCUAAGGACUGGUUCUCUUGUUAUUGGAUAUGUUUCUAUGGUUCUGUCCUGCCUAGCACUAACCGGGACAUCCCUUUCCUUAUACAAAGUGGUCACGUUUGUGGACUCACACAAGGACGAGGGAGUAGCUGACCACACACCAGAGGAGUUUGAGCGUGUGGCCCUAAGUUUAUACAUCACACACGCGUACCUGUUGCUUGUGUUUGUGUAUUACUUCGUUAUAAGCCUCCUACUAGUCAUUGGUGUGCAUUUGAACAAAUCGAGGAUACUGCGAUACUACUUCAACGCCGGACUUUUCUUGUUCUGCCUCGCGUUGGCCACUGUUGUGGUAUCCACUGUGUUUUUACAUUUUGUUGUGACGCUCUCCUUAUUGAAAUGGUGUCUUAUAAUUUUCUACUGCCUUAUUAUGAUUCGUAGUACCUAUUUAGAAAUGGAAGAACAGAGUAAACCCCGUGAAUUUGAAAUGCAGAACCUGUACAACCCGCUGAGGCCUCCACACACUUUAUACGAGUGAUUUAAGAAGAUAUAGUUCU